CCAAGAUUAAGCUCCUUGAGAAUAUCAAACGGUUAUUCUCUGAGUUAUAUUGCUUCUACUAGCAAACCAUCCACACUUCGAUUGAUCCAGGCUCAGUUCAUCUUGCGAUUGCUCGAUUAUUCCACUGUCAUAGUCUUAGCCCUUGCCUCCCCGUAAUUAUCAGCAUCUUGUCUAAUCUAUUCAUGAAGCACUAUAUUACCCCUUUUCCUAACCCCUAGGGGAAUGAGGAAAGUGUAUAAAAAGACAUGGCUGGCCUAGACUCGAUUGCUCCUCUUUUUAGCACGCAGCUAGUCGGUUCUGACCAACUUCAUUCUCUUAUUGCCGCGUCUCAAUAUUAUUUCAUCAACAACAUGCGUAUCUUAUCUACUAUUUCUCUGGCUGUCCUCGCUGCGGCGGCACCUGUCGAACUGGUGGAGCGUCAGUUUGGUGGUGGUGGUGGCGGAUCAACCUCGAAUGAGUUAACUCAGGGCAGCUGCAAGGAGGUUGUCUUCAUCUUCGCGCGUGGUUCAGGGGAGCCUGGAAAUAUCGGUAUGAUCAUCGGGCCCCCCUUGAUUAGCGCCCUCAAGGCGCUAGUCCCAAAUACGGCCGUCCAGGGCGUCCCAUAUUCGGCAGGUAUUGCAGGCAACCUACAACGCGGCGGUACGGAUCAAGCGUCUAUCAACACAGCCACCCAGAUCUUUAACCAGGCGAACACGAAGUGUCCUGAUUCUAUUAUCAUCGCCGGAGGGUAUUCGCAAGGCGCUGCCCUUAUGCACCGCACGAUCGAGAAGCUACCCGACAAUGUUAAGAAUAAGAUCGCUGCCGUCGUCACCUUCGGUGAUACCCAGAACGAAGAAGAUAAGGGUACGAUCCCUAACUUCCCUCCUGAGAAGGUCAAGAUCUUCUGUAACGAAAACGACGGAGUCUGCGGCGCCAGCCUUUCGGUUAAUGCGGGCCAUAUGUCGUACUCCACCUCGAUGAAACCCGCAGCCCAAUUCCUUGCUGAUGGCGUUAAUAAGGCCAAGCAAGGUGGUGGUGCUAGCAGCGGCAGCUCCUCUGGCAGCUCCUCUGACGGCUCCUCCGGUAGCCCAACUGGUGGCCCUAGUGGCCUUGGUGGCCUCGGCGGGAUCUCUGGCGGCGGCGGACUUGGCGGGCUCUCUGGCAGCGGCGGACUCAGUGGGCUGUCUGGUGGUCUGGGAGGCCUCAGAGGCGGUGGACUCGGCGGUCUGAUGAGCGGCGGCCGUGGUGGACUUGGCGGUCUGAGGGGCGGUUCUUAA